CUUCACAUGUACAUAAAGUUAGCUGAGAUGUUUUAUAUCUGACUAACGAUUUGAAUGACUUUUCAAAAUAUUUUAAUUAAGUGAUAUGAGCAAACUUUUUUAUGUCAUUAUAUCAUUUAAUAGUUAAAAAUAUAACCACGUCAAAAUAGGUGUUGGCUUUAAUGAUUUAGAUCGCUAGAGGUUUGACUGGUUGGACUUGCUCACCAUGGCAGACCGCGGAAAUGUCCAUCUGCAGAAGUCCACAAAGGAAAAACUCGACAAAUUCAAUAAAAUCAGAGGUAAAGCAGUUCAGUCUGGUGAAUUCUGGGAUCUUGUGGUCAUUACUGCAGUAGAUGAUGACCAGAAAUCUGCAUAUGAAACUCAGAUUGCUGAGAAGCUGGAGAGGAAAGAACUUCCCCUAGCCAUCAAUUACCAUGUGUUUGCAGAUCCUCAAGGAUGCAAGAUAGGUAACGGAGGAUCCACGUUAUAUUCACUUCAGCGCCUUAAUGAUAAAUAUGGCAAGACUCUGUCAGGAUUUAAAGUUAUUCUCAUACAUGCAGGAGGAUUCAGUCAGCGUUUGCCCAAUGCCAGCGCCCUGGGUAAAAUAUUCACUGCCCUGCCCUUGGGCAACCCUUUAUAUCAAAUGCUAGAGCUCAAACUUGCUAUUUAUGUGGAUUUCCCUUCACACAUGAAGCCGGGGGUACUGGUAACCUGUGCGGAUGACAUUGAGCUCUACAGCGUUCCUGAUCAAGAGGACAUCGUGUUCGAUAAGUCGGGUUUUACAGCCUUAGCACAUCCCUCACCUCUGUCCAUCGGAACCACACAUGGAGUUUUUGUUCUAGAACCAACAGAAGAACCCAAAAUCUGUGACAUGGAAUACAGAACUUGCUCUCAAUUUCUGCACAAGCCAAGCAUCGAGAAGAUGCACAAAUUUAAAGCCGUCUGCAAGAGAGAUGGACAGGAGUUAGUUUACACCGACAGCACCUACUAUGUUGAUUAUGGGACUGCAAAGACCCUGCUGACCUUGUUAAGUGAAAUCGUCCCUCUGAUGUGUGAAAUCGAUGCCUAUGGGGAUUUCCUUCAAGCCCUUGGACGAUUAGCUACCGUGGAUUAUACCGAAAACAUAGCUAAUGUCACAAAGAAGGAAAACAGCCUCGUUGAGGUCCGCAAAAAGAUUUUUCAUUGUCUCAAAGGCACAGAGCUUAAUGUUAUUCUGCUAAACAACUCCAAGUUUUAUCACCUCGGCACCACUGAGGAAUAUUUGUUCCACUUCACUUCUGAUCCGUGUCUCCGAACGGAACUCGGCCUUCUCUCUUCUGCCUUUAGUAACUGCUCCACAUCAGAGUCGUUGGAGAAAACUAGACAUUGUGUAAUGCACAGCGUUCUACAUCCAAGUGUGACGGUAUCUCCAGGAAGUGUUGUGGAAUACUCCAGGCUUGAUGAUGAGGUUAAAGUUGGUACCAGAUGUAUCAUCAGCAGCUGCUGGAUCAGCUCGGGUCUCUCUGUGCCGAGUGACACAUUCCUGCAUUCUCUCUCUGUCAACUUGAAUGGGAAAAUGGGCUUUGUGACUCUGGUUUUUGGUGUUGAAGAUGAUCUGAAGAAAAAUGUGGCCAGCCCUGCUGAUAUGAAGGCACUGAGCUUGUUUAAGGUCAGUCUGGAGGACUGUGUUGGACUCUGGGGGUGGUCUCCAGAGAAUGUCAGGUUCUCCGGAGACAGAUCUGCAUGUAGUUUGUGGAACGCCUGUAUUUACCCAGUGUGUUCAGAUCUGAAGGAUUCUCUCAUGAUGUCGCUGGAGAUGGUGAAUGCCCUUGAUGGUGGUUCCAAAUUUACUUUACCCAAUAGUACCAUACUCACUUCUCUGCAGGAAUCUUUGCAAAACAAGAACUUGGAGGAGAUGCUGAAAUUUAGAAAAGUGCUUUAUGAAGACAUUCUCAGGGAGUCAUGAUGUAAAUUUAUUGACUUUACGAUAAUGCAUCAAUGGAUGCUGACAAAUUUGCAGUUUUGCAAUUUUGUUGUGCUUGCACAAAGACAAUAGGGCGAUUCUCAUGAAAUCCAGAUUUAGAAGGUGUCCAGCAUCAGAAUUUUUAAAAAGCCCUUUUUUGCACAUAGAAGAUUAAGGUCUGAACUUACUAUAACCAUUAUUUUUAGAGGAUUUAAAAAAUAUUUCCUAUAGAAUUAUUAAA